CAGUUGGAUUACCCUCUGUAAAAUGUCAAUUUUUUUAAUGAUAGUGGGCAGAUUACAAAUUAUGGUAAACAUGACCAUAGACAGCACCCACCAUCGAAAUUAAUAUUAGUUCAGCAAGUUUACCAUAAAUGGCAUUUAAAUGUAUUUUGUUUUUGUAAUAAGUUUUUUCACUGAAAUAAUUUUUAAAAUUCAUACUUUACUAUGUUAUGUUUUCUUUACUACAAAUUAUCAAAUUGAUUUUUCCAAUCCUUUCUUUUUUAUUUGCACAUAAGGUGCAAAUAAUUCGCUAUGUAAAUGGAACAAACGAAACGAACAAAGAAGGUUGUCGAAAAAGACGCAGAAACCGAACGGAAAAAAGCAAUAAUCGAAGCUGAAAAAGUCGCUCAAGUAGCGAAAAUUCAAUACGAACAGAAAGUAAUGGAAAAAGAAUCAUUACAACGCAUAGCACUUAUUGAAGAUGAAAUGCAUCUGGCGCGACAGAACAGUCGAACAGAUGCUGAAUUCUAUCAAGCACAACGACAUGCUGAAGCGAAUCAAUUGUUAUUAACACCAGAAUAUCUAGAAUUAAGAAAAUAUGAGACUCUAGCACAAAAUAGUAAAAUUUAUUUUGGUAAUAGUAUACCAAAUAUGUUUGUAUCAAGUACGAUGAUGAAUCAUGAAUCAAAACCAUCCACAGCAUCCACGUCAAGUGAUGUUACCGAUACCGAUACAUCAUCAUCAGGUCCAGGUCAAAAGACCAAAUAAUCAAAUACUGUAAAA